AUGGAGGCAGACAGGACAGUGUUGUGCUCUGAGUCACCAAGGGUCUGCCAAGCACGACCAGACCCUUGCCUGCUGCAGGCACGGGUGCUGACAAAGCUGCUGGAGACAGAGGAGAGGUAUCUGCCGAACAGGGGGGCGUUUCCAUCGCUCCAGCAGGAGAUUCAGCCCCACAUGAGGAGCAGGCUGGCCUGCUGGAUGUUGGAGGUUUGUGAAGAGGAAGGCUGUGAGAAGGAGGUGUUCCCUUUGGCGAUUAGCUACCUCGACCGGUUCUUAUCGGCAGUGCCAUUGGAGAAGUCGAGGCUGCAGCUGCUCGGCUCGGCUUGCCUGCUCCUGGCCUCAAAGCUCAGGGAAACACAGCCGCUGUCUGUAAACAGUGUGUGCGCCUACACUGCCCACUCAUCCAGGCCAGGGGAACUGCGGACAAUGGAGCUGCUGCUUUUGAAUAAACUGCAUUGGGACAUCGCAGCCCCAACUGCCCUGGAGUUUGUGGAGCAUUUAAUACGAGCCACAGGCCUGGCAAGGGUCAAAGAGCAAGUUGUCCGAAAGCACACAGAGACUUUCAUCGCACUCUGCGCAAUAGAUUGUGAGUUUACCUCAUAUCCACCGUCCGUGAUUGGGGCGGCCAGCCUUGUUGCCGCAAUAACCGGCCUCCAUAAUGGGCAGAAUGAACAUUGCCUUGUGCACCGGGAGCUAACUGAUCACCUUGCACGCUCCAUCCACUGUGAUCCGGAGUGUUUGCGAACGUGUCACGAGCGGCUGGAGGCCGCGCUCCAGGCCCGGUUACAGCAGUCACGUGGCCGCGCUCCGCCUCGUGCCGCCAAGUCCGGGGAGCGGGAACGUUCUCGAACCCCCACCGACAUCCGGGACAUCAGGCUAUGA